AUGUUUGGCUUUGGUGAACACGAAGAAUCUUACAACGCUGUUUAUGGCGAAGAACACGAGGGAAAGUUUUCCCACGAGCUCGUGGCUGGUGCUGCUUCUUUUGGCGCAGUGAAGCUUUUCGAAGACAGACAAAGACGUGAAGGCAAGCCCGUGAGCCAUGCGUUUGCCAAAGAGCUUAUUGCCGGAUUCGUUGGAGGUGAAGUUGACAAGAUGUUCGAGACAAAGGGCUUGGACUACAUGGACAAGGAAAAGGCUAAAAGACAAGCAGAGCAGAUGGCUUUUGACGGCUACGACCAACACUACGGUAACGAAGACCAAUGGCACCCUGACACCGAGCCUCCUUUCGACUACAGAAGAUAUAACUAA